CUAUCUGAGUAAAUAAGAGAGAGGAAGAGUUGGUUUUUGUGAUAUCUAUUUAAUUUUCUAGACAAUGUGGGGCAAUGACAAAGUGGAGUACAUGGACACAUCAGACAUUCCAUGGUGUUGGUAUUACUUGGCAGACUGUGGAAGGUGGCACAGAUUUGAGGAUGACCCCAGUAACCCUCUUAUGAGUGAAGAUAUGGAAAAAUUUUACCAAACAAACUCAAAAGCCACUUUAAGUCCGCUUUCACCCAGUUGUCACAUGAAGAUAGAUUUCUCAGCCAUGUUACAGACUGACCUCAACACAGGAAGGCAAAGAAGAAUCCAACGAGGCUACAAUAUUGAGAGAAGUUGUUCAUGCUUCAAUACCGCUCCUGUGUUCUGGGAAAAUGUUGACCCCACCAGACCAUAUCAGUUGAUCCCUCUGGGAGAGCUCACCCCAGAGUAUCAGACUGUGUCAGGUUAUGUGAAGAAUGAUGGUCUGUUAGACAGAUCCAUUGUCUCAAUCAGCAGGAUACAGAAUGUGGAUCUAUGGGAAAUAUUUUGUCGGAAAAAAAUACAGUUAAUGAGAAUUCAAAGUGUCAAUGAAAUUCAAGAGAGAAGACUCUUUCAUGGGACUGAAAUCAGAAAUGUUGACAACAUUUGCAAGUAUAACUUUGAUGUACGGUUAGCUGGGCAACAUGGCCACUCAUUUGGCAAAGGAAUAUAUUUUGCAAAACAUGCAACAUAUGCAGACAAAUACAGCACGAGCAGCACGGAUCCAUUACCACUGUUUGGCGUGAAAACACAAGGUGUACAUGGUGAACACACUAAAGUAAUAUUUGUGGCACGUGUGAUGAUCGGGACAUCAAAUCUUGGAAAAGCUCAUUUCCAAAAACCUGAUCAUGGAAGUUCUGAAAACUCCCAUUACAGCUGUGUGAAUGAUAUCAAUCAUCCCACUGUUUUUGUUAUUUUUGAUCCAAAUCAAAUAUAUCCAGAGUAUUUGAUUCAGUACCGAUGAAGUCAAGAGAGGCUCCUGAGCGUGUACAAUAUCAUCAUGUCUACCUCAAACUGUUUGGGUGAAGAUUUUUCUUGCAAGAUUUUUCUCAAUGUUUUUACAACACUUUUUUAACUAGAACUACGAAGAGAAACUAGACUCUGCAAUUCUUUGAAUGAAGGCUAUGUUUACAUACAUUUAGAUAUUUUGAAAACUAAGUAGUCUUACACAUUGCUCUAGUAUAUUUAUUGAAAGCACUGUUUAUAAAAUACAUUAUACUUUUUUUUUUUUUACUAUUUAAUUUAUGACCACAUUACACAGAUUUGACUUUGAAGAGGCUUCAUAAAUAAAUUUCCUGGCAGAACCAAA